GUCGAUGGUGUCUGCUUUUUCUCUUCUGUCGCUCGUUUUCUGGACGUGAUUCAUCUUCUCUUUCUCACAACGUUCGUUCCCGAACUCUCCUUCUCGUGGUUCGCCUCCGCAAGCCACGACGUCCCAAGGGCCAAGUGGCCGCCCGGGAGCUAUCCGCCACAUCGACAGACGACGCAGCAAAGAUGACGGCUGGGUCGGGGAGAUAUGUUCGAUACCUCCUUUUUGCAGUCUUCGGACUGGCAGUUUUGUUCUUUAUUUCCAAAUCUUCGAUACCCCUUCCCGACACGGCGGGUCUCGUUAACUUGAAACCUUCUAAAGAGGAGUCGAAGGCACCGGAUACUCAGCCACCAUCUGAAGGAGGACAGGCAGAGGGAGCCCAUCCGGCCGACGAGCGUGUAAAUGCUACGUUUGUGACAUUGGCCAGGAACUCGGAUGUGUGGGAGAUUGCGAAGUCGAUUCGACAGGUCGAGGAUCGCUUCAACCGCAACUACCACUACGAUUGGGUCUUCCUGAAUGACAAACCCUUCGACGACACUUUCAAGAAGACUACAACCGCACUGGUGUCCGGCAAGACUCAUUAUGGUCUUAUUCCCAAGAACCACUGGUCCUACCCGGACUGGAUUGACCAGGACAAGGCCAAGAAGGUUCGAGAGGACAUGGGCCAGCGCAAGAUCAUCUACGGUGACUCGGUCAGCUACAGGCACAUGUGCCGCUACGAGUCUGGCUUCUUUUUCCGCCACCCAUUGAUGGAGCAGUUUGACUACUACUGGCGCGUGGAGCCCAGCAUUGACCUGUACUGUGACAUCAGCUUCGACCCCUUCAAGUUCAUGAGGGACAACAAGAAGAAGUACAGCUUCGUGCUGAGUCUGUACGAGUAUUACGAGACCAUCCCUACGCUGUGGGACAGCGUCAAGAAGUUCAUGAAGGAGCACCCGGAGCAUAUCGCAGAGGACAACUCCCUCGGCUUCCUCAGUGAUGACGGUGGCAAGACUUAUAACAAGUGCCACUUCUGGUCAAACUUUGAGAUCGGCGAUUUGAACUGGCUGCGUUCUGACGCUUACCUCGAGUACUUCGAUUCCUUGGAUCACGAUGGCGGUUUCUUCUACGAGCGUUGGGGUGACGCUCCCGUUCACUCGAUUGCUGCCGCUCUUAUGCUGAAGAGAGACGAAAUUCACUUCUUCAACGAGAUUGGCUACUAUCACGUCCCGUUCACCCACUGUCCCACAGGAGAACAGACUCGACUGGACCUGAAGUGCCACUGCAAUCCCAGUGACAACUUCGAUUGGAAGGGAUACUCCUGCACGGCUCGAUUCUUCGAGAUGAAUAACAUGGAGAAGCCGGCUGGCUAUGAGGAUGAACAAGACUGACUAACCGUAUUACUGGUAGUCUGCGGGGUUCUGGUUGCCAUACUAUCUCUUGGAGUAGCGA